CAUCCGCCGCUUCCAGCCCCCGCCCCACCACACACCCCACUCUCACUGUCGCCAUCCAAAUCCCAAAAACACUCUCCGGCGCAUCUGCCACCGCCGUCGUCAACCAUGGCCGGGCGGACACCACUCACCAACGCGGGUGCCGCGACGGAGGCCGACGCGCACAAGCCGGACGUGGCCAUGGUGCAGCUGCGCACCUACAUCUGCACCGAGCUACUCCCCGCCUUCCCCGCCCUCAACACCAGGCGGCUCACCGCCCUCCCCUCCUCCUCCGGCAUCGACCGCAUCAGCCUCCUCCCCGACGCGCUCCUGUGCAACAUCGUCUCCCGCCUCCCCGUCACGGACGCCGCGCGCACCGCCGUUCUCGCCUCGCGCUGGCGCCGGGUCUGGCUAUCCGCCCCCCUCGCGCUAAUCGACGAAUACCUCCGCCCCAGCGGCAACCCGCCGACCGUCACCGCCGCCGUGUCGCAAAUCCUUGAUGCACACCCGGGACCCUUCCGCUUUGUCCACCUCGUCCGCAGCCACAUGGACGCGUGCCAGCCCCAGCUCGCGCGCUGGCUCGAGCUCCUCGCCACCAAGGGCGUCCAAGAGCUCGUCCUUGUGAAUCGCCCGUGGCCACUCGAGGUACCCCUCCCCGCCACGCUCUUCAGCGUCACCACCCUCACCCGCCUCUACAUCGGCAUCUGGAAAUUUCCGGACGUGGCCAGAUUACAGCGUGGCACCUCCUUCCCAUGCCUUCGUGAGCUCGGUGUCUGCACCAUCCUCAUUAAGGACGGAGACAUCGAGGCCCUGGUCGCUAGGAGCCCCGUCUUGGAGAUUCUGAACAUCCAAGGAAGCAACAAAGGGCUGCGCCUUCGCCUCGUCAGCCAGAGCCUCCGGUGCGUGCAAAUCUGUGGCUCUGUUGUAGAGGACAUUGCCGUGGUGAAGGCUCCAUGCCUUGACCGGCUCAUCGUGGAGCAUCCUAGGGACAGUGCCCGUGGUCUGUGUACCAGGGUCAGGAUUGGUGACUGCCCCAAGUUGCACGCAUUAGGAAUUUUGAAGGCAGGAAAUCACAUCCUAGAGAUCCAAGGCACCGUCAUCGUGGCUGGGAUAAAGCCAAGCCCAAGCACCAUGGUGAUGAACGUCAAGAUCCUGAGUUUGAAUGUGUGUUUCGGAGACCACGAUAACAUUAAGAUGCUGACUGCCUUUCUCAGAUGCUUUCCCAAUCUGGAGACGCUGCAUAUCAUGUCCGCAAAAGGUGUCUAUCAAGCUGGCAAUGUCAGGCUCAAUCUCAGGUUCUGGGAGUCGGCCAAGCCCACCAAAAGUGUCGAGUUCUCCAUCAAGGUGAUAUCUUUCUGUGAAUUUCGAGGGGAGCUAGGUGAGGCUGCUUUCCUGAAGUUCUUCUUUCGUAGUGCGAGGGCUCUUGAGAGUGCAAUGAUUACAAUGCGCUCUGGAUCAUUUUCUACGGAUGAGCUAUCUUCUAGAGUGAAACAAGUGUCUCAAAAGAUGGUGAGUAAAUCAUGCAAAAUGAUUGUUCUUGGGAGUGAUGGCCCUGAAGGAGGCAGGCCUUGGAGCUUCAAAAGAGGAACCGAUUACUGCUUCAAGGACCCUUUCUCAGCUGUGGAAUGGGUCGGUUAAGCUUUAUAUUCAUAUUUGCCACUGCUUGCAGGGAAAGAAGGAAGAGCAGCUCAAGUCUUGUUGCUUUCACCAGUGUAGCUCUUUGUACGAUUGUUGUGGUUAAUUACCUUCAGCCCUGGGGGAUCUUUAUUGAUCUUGACUUAGCAAUUAUCUAUGUUAUAAGCAGUUAAUUAGCUGAUAAUCUUCUGUGCUUUCUAGUAUUAGAGUCGGAGUGUGGUGGUUUAAAUAUGGCAGAGUUGGAAGCUUGGUUGAACUUGUAAUGGUCGUAAGCUGUGGUCUAUUGUUACCUUCACUAUAUAUGUUGUAAUGGCUUCGACGUUUUCUGGCCGAGAUGAAGGACUGAAUCCUCUUGUUUUGUUUACCAUUUUUGCUGCUGAAUGAAGCCUGAGAUGUUUUACAGA